UGUGAGCAACACGGAUAUUUUACCGUGUGACACACACAGUUGUAGAACCAUGUGGACGUUGCGUUGACUUCGUAGUUGGUUAGUUUAAACUGUUGUAGAUAAAAUUUAACGUGCAUGAUGAACGGAUAAUUUCUUGACAGCAUAAAUAUAGUGUAGCAACAAUUAAUGUUACUUUGUUGACUAAGAUCAUCGUCUCGCUGAAUAAUGGGGAAAUCAAAGACCAAGAAUCAGAAGAAAUCCCGAGCAACAGCCAACCAUGUGGCCGAGGAGACGUACGGAGCUGUUCCCCACUCCUUCGUGUUUCAUCGGGGUCAGAUUGGAAAAAACGUGGGUCAGCUCAUCCUGGACGUGCGGAGAGUCAUGGAGCCAUACACUGCAGAGUCCCUGAAGAUUAGGAAAAAGAACGUGCUGAAAGACUUUGUGGCUAUCGCAGGACCACUGGGAGUGACACACUUCAUGAUCUUCAGCAAGACUCCCAGCAGCAUCAACAUGAGACUUGCUCGACUUCCCAAAGGUCCCAUGCUUCAUUUCCAAGUGCUCAAGUACUCUCUUAUCAAAGACGUGGUUUCGUCUUUGAAGAAGCACAGGAUGCACGAGCAGCAGUUCACACAUCAUCCGCUACUCAUCCUCAAUAACUUUGGAUGUGACGGCAUGCAUGUCAAACUCAUGGCCACCAUGUUUCAGCACAUGUUUCCUUCUAUUAAUGUGCACAAGGUAAGCCUCAACAACAUCAAGAGGUGUGUGCUGCUGAAUUACAACCCGGUUUCCCAGGAAAUUGAAUUUCGACAUUACAGCCUGAAAGUCGUCCCUGUGGGCAUGAGCCGCGGAGUCAAGAAGCUGAUGCAGGAGAAGUUCCCCAACAUGAGCAAGUUUGAGGAUAUCAGUGAGCUCCUGAUGAAGGGGGCGAACCUUUCAGAAAGUGAGGCAGAACAAGAUGGUGAGCACAACAUAACCGAGCUACCACAGGUCUACUCUGGCCGAGGCAACAUGGCGUCCCAACAGAGUGCUGUCCGUCUGACCGAGAUUGGUCCUCGUAUGACUCUGCAGCUGAUGAAGAUACAAGAAGGCAUGGGAGAGGGGAAUGUCCUUUAUCACGCCAUUAUCUCCAAGACAGAGGAGGAAAUCCAGGAGAUCCUGAACAGGAAGGAGGCCCAGCUAAAAGAGAAGGAGGGUCGCCGGAAAAUGCAGGAGCAGAAUGUUGCUCAGAAGAAAGAGAAACAAGAAGAGAACAAGAAAAAAAGCCUGGAAGGCAUUAAGAGGAAACGUGCUGAGGCUGAAGAGGACAGUGAGGUGGAGGAUCCUGGGAUGCAGGACGAUCAGACAGCUGCUGUUGAAUCUGAUGAUGAGGUGGAGUACUACAGACAGGCUGUAGGACAGGAGCCAGAUGAAGACAUGUUCCCUAGUACCAAGAAGAGGCAUGGCUCUGAAAAGACUUGUGGACCUGCCAAGAAGAGGAAGAUGUCUCCUGGUAAAACACCAAGAAAAGACAGAGAUGCUAAAUCACCAAGGAGAAAGGGUCCAGGAGGACAGCACAGAGACAAACCAGGAAAAGGAUGGAAGGGGGGGGGGGAGAAACCAUUUGGAAAGAAAAUGAAGCCUGGAGCAAAGACAUUCGGAGCAAAGAAAGCUGGUGACAGGGAGAACAAAUUUGGUGGGAAGAAAUUUGAAGGGAACAAAACAUUUGGUGGAAAGAAAAAUAAGGACAAACCAUUCAAAUCUAAAGGCCAGAAAGGCAAGCCGGGCUUCAACAAGAAAGGUGCCGGAGCGAAGCAAGGCUUUAAACAGAGGAAGGGGAAAGGCUGAACUCUGCCUCUUCUUUCUGGACUUGGACAUUGAAUGUGUUGUUAUGCUGGAGCACCAGAUGGCAGCAAGCAUCCAUUUGCCAUUGAGGCUCUCAGCAGAGAGUGAUGGUUGCUUGUGAGACUGUUUAUUGCUGAAAAUCAGCAGAGGGACAGAAUGAAUAAGUGCGGUUUUUUUCACACUGUAUGAAUUAAUAUUGAAAAUGUACUUGUUCAAUAAAUUGUUCAAAAAAUUA